AUGGGCGGCGUGGCGUGGCGGGCGGCUGUCUCUGCCGCCGCCUCGAGUGAGCCUCGUCUCGCUCUUCGUCUACUCGAGCCUCGUCUCGUGCGCCGCCUCGUGGGCGGCGUGGCGGGCGGGCGGCUGUCUCUGCCGCCGCCUCGAGUGAGCCUCGUCUUGGUCUUCGUCUACUCGAGCCUCGCUUCGUGUGCCGCCUCGUGGGCGGCGUGGCGUGGCGGGCGGCUGUCUCUGCCGCCGCCUCGAGUGAGCUUCGUCUCGCUCUUCGUCUACUCGAGCCUCGUCUCGUGCGCCGCCUCGUGGGCGGCGUGGCGUGGCGGGCGGCUGUCUCUGCCGCCGCCUCGAGUGAGCCUCGUCUCGCUCUUCGUCUACUCGAGCCUCGUCUCGUGUGCCGCCUCGUGGGCGGCGUGGCGUGGCGGGCGGCUGUCUCUGCCGCCGCCUCGAGUGAGCCUCGUCUCGCUCUUCGUCUACUCGAGCCUCGUCUCGUGUGCCGCCUCGUGGGCGGCGUGGCGGGCGGGCGGCUGUCUCUGCCGCCGCCUCGAGUGA